UUUCUGCUAACAGACAGACUGAAACGGACCGGUCAAAACAGCUUUGGACUUCAGGAAAAGAUUAUUCCAACGAGCAGAAUUUUUCUUUCUUUUUGGAGAAGCUACAACAAUACAUUCUGAAACAAUGUAUCGGUUCCUUUCCAUGACUGUGAUUUCACUGCUAGUUAUUUUGGGGCCCCAUGUCAGCAUCCAGUCUUCAUCGGGACGUCUCGAGCGGAGCAUCAGCAGGUCAUACAUAUCAGUGCUGACAGUGCCCAACGGAAUGCACUGGGGGACUUGGGGAUGGCAGCAAAUGUGUCCAACCGGAACAUAUGCUGCAGGGUUUAGCCUCAAGGUGGAAAGAAAGCUGGGCGAUGGAGACGACACCGCACUCAAUGGAAUUCGUCUUCACUGCAUUGACCCGUCCAGAGACUCCGCAUAUAGUCAUGAGCACUACUCAACUGUACAGUCAGAAGUAGGAAGCUGGGGAACAUGGACAAAUAUAAACUGGUGCUCAUCUGGAUUCUUGAAAACUUUUCAGUUGAGAGUAGAAUCGGCCCAAGGAUGGGUGAGGGAUGAUACAGCCGCAAACAAUAUCAGAUUCACAUGCAGUGACAGCGGGGAAGUACUGAAUGGGAGCGGCCAGGAUUGGGGCGACUGGGGCGACUGGAGCUACACAUGUCGAGGAAAAGGAAUCUGCGGCAUCAAGACGAGAAUUGAGUUGCCACAGGGCAGCGGAGAUGAUACGUCCCUCAAUGACGUGAUGAUGUACUGCUGCGACUAAAAAUUACAUUCUGUUAAUGAAUGAUGUGAAAUUACAUCUACGAAAAAUACCAUUGAUCUACAGUUUAAUUUGAGUUACAUUGUGUAGUUUCUGUGCCACCCGAAUGGAAUUGCAAAAAUAAAAGUUGUUUUUAAACACCUUCUGUCUGCCAUGGUUCAUCCAAACAGGU